GUCUCUCUUCCCUUCAUACUCUCGACUUGACACGUCCAUAUGAUAUAUAUUGCCCCUUGAGCCCGUAUAUUAUCCCCUCUUCGACUAACGAGAGCUCCGGGCCAUGAACAGCUCUCGAUUGCCCUGCUAACUCGCCAUGUCGUCGGCUUACGGUGGCCUCCUACGGCCGAUUCUAUUGACAGCUAUCUUCUUGCUCUCCGUGAUACUACCCGGACAUGCCUAUGAAUCUCUCUCCGACGAAACCCUUAAAGCUCUCCCCCGACCUAAUAAUGACUUUGACAUCAACACCGGCGCCCUUCUAUCUCCCAUCCUCGUACCCCGUGUCCCCGGGACCUCAGGUCACACCGCCGUCCUAAACCACUUUGCGGACUUCUUCCGGACGAGUUUGCCCAAAUGGAGGGUGGAGUAUCAAAACUCAACACAAAAAACACCAGUUUCGAAAGGCAAGGAAGUCCCGUUCGUCAAUUUCAUCGCAGCGCGAGACCCGCCAUGGGCUGCGGUUGGUGAUGUAGGACGGCUUACGUUAGUCGCGCAUUACGAUAGUAAAUACGAGCCUGAGGGGUUCAUUGGGGCGAUCGAUAGUGCCGCGCCAUGCGCUAUGAUUAUGCAUGCCAUGCGGAGCAUUGACGAAGCAUUGACGCGGAAAUGGGAGAAGAUGGAGGCGGAGGGUCAUGCGGAUGCGUCGCUGGAGGAACAGAAGGGGAUACAAAUAAUUCUUUUGGAUGGAGAGGAAGCGUUCGUUCAAUGGACUGCUACUGAUUCAUUGUAUGGGUCGCGCGCCUUAGCGGAGUAUUGGGAUAAUGAGGUGAAUCCCGCCAUGUCAUCGUUCAAAACACCAUUGAACUCAAUUUCUCUGUUCGUCCUACUGGAUCUCCUGGGAUCGAACGAUCCGGCCGUACAGUCUUACUACCAGACAACGCACUGGGCUUAUCGAAACCUCGCGACUAUAGAGCAACGUCUUCGGGAUCUCAAGCAGUUCAAAUCAGUUGAUAGCCAGCGGUGGUUCAUCGACGGCUCGAAGGACGAUCACACCCUCAAAACAUACGGUGGCAUACAAGACGACCAUAUACCAUUUUUACACCGCGGGGUGGAAAUCCUGCACCUUAUUGACGCUGCUCCGUUCAAGGGAUUCCCUAAGGUCUGGCAUACCAUGGAUGACAAUGCUGAGAAUCUGGACAUGAAUACCGUCGAGGACUGGAGCAUGCUCGUCGCGGCGUUUGCGGCGGAGUGGAUGGAAUUGGAGGGAUUCUUCGAACCUGCUUCUGGAAAGCGAGGUAAUGGGAAACGCUCUGCGAGCGAUGAUUGGGACAAGACUGAGCUGUAAGCCUUUCCUUUCUUGCUCUCUUGCUGAAUUGAAUCCUCUUCAUAUCUUCUUUAACCAUUGUAUAUUUCAUAUGCAUGACUCUGGCAAUUGUAUAUACAGUGAACCGUGCUGAUCUCAAUUAAUUUACAGCUCUGACCAGUAGUACCUCUUGCAAUCAAGCCUCUAACGUUGAAGUACAUAUCACAAUAAUUUCAGGC